AUGGAUUACAGCUCGUUCAGCGGAGUUCCUCGGUUCUUGACCCGGCCCAAGGCGUUUAUGGUGUCUGUGGGGAAGGAUGCCACCUUGAGCUGCCAGAUCAUUGGGAACCCUAUCCCAGCUGUGAGCUGGGAAAAGGAUAAACUUCCAAUCCAGUCUGGGGGAAGGUUUAAAACCACGAAAGAUGAGGAUCUCUAUCGGCUAACAAUCUACGAUCUGAGCCUGGAGGACAGUGGCCAAUAUAUUUGCCGGGCCAAGAACACCAUCGGGGAAGCUUUUGCAGCUGUCAGCAUCAAAGUUGGGGAGGAGACCACAGUAACGGAGUCAGCUCCGUACUUCAUCCAGAAACCCUCCUCCAUCAAAGUAACGUUGGGAGAAGACGCCAUGUUCAAAUGCAAAGUCCAGGGCAGCCCUCCUCUCUCGGUGAACUGGGAGAAGGAUGGGAGGCACCUGCGGAACCGGGCUGAUGCUGGGCGCUUCCAGAUCGAGUCUGCCGGGGAGUCAAACGCUCUCACCAUCCAGUGCGCCCGGCUGGGGGACAGUGGCACCUAUACCUGCCGAGCAGAGAAUCCCAUCGGCUCUGCCAGCGCUUCGGCCGCGCUGGUGGUGGAAACACAAGGCUCUUCCAACCCGGGCAGCAGCAGCCACUUUGAUACCAGCUGCAGCAAAACGACCUCCUUGUUGUCUCACUUGCAGAAGAGGCGGGAGGAGAUAAGAAAGAUGGACAUCUCCCAUGCGGCUCUUGAUUCGACAUCUGCCCAGUCCUACUCCACAGCAGAAGGGUUGUCCGGCAUCGGUUACGGCCUCUCCAGGGAUUACGAGAGGGCAGCUGGAUUUACCACUAAAGGGGCACGCAACGCAACAUUUGGGGCGCUGACACGCACGUGCAGCGUGACGGAGGGGAAGCACGCCAAGCUGAGCUGCUAUGUGACCGGCGAGCCCAAGCCAGAGAUCGUGUGGAAGAAGGACAAUGAGGUCAUUUUGGAAGGGCGGCGGCAUGUCAUCUAUGAGGAUGAUCAGGAGAACUUUGUGCUGAAGAUCCUCUUCUGCAAGCAGAUAGACAACGGGCUGUACACCUGCACUGCCUCCAACCUGGCGGGCCAGACCUACAGCUCCGUGCUUGUCACCGUCAAAGGUAACAGCAUAUUUAUAGAGCCUGUGACACUGGAUCCACAGCGUGUGUCCAUAGAUACAG